AUGGGUAAGUUAUUUGUUGUUAAUGAAACAAAGCAGAGAUCGGGAUUAUACUCUCUAUUCCAUCUACCUGACUUAAAUGUGCCUUUUGAUUUAGCAUCAAAAACUAAAUGGGCAUUGUUAGUUUCAGCUCAUGAUGCGAGCAUCUCUCCGUUUAUGUUGUUGCUGGAAUACUUCCAAGUCACGUGGUGGCUGUUAAAGUCACCAAUGACUAUUGUUGGAUGGGAGAUGUUUCCUAGGACGCAGUCUGGCCAUAUAAUAGUUGGUGGUUUAUACACGUUAAUAAUUGUGGUCUGUCCGACAUUGACUUUGACGAUAUGGAUGUCGUGUAGGGUUGAUACGCUUUCAAGCUUGACCUCUUCUAGGUUAUUUCGGACGUAAGUUGCUAUCCCGUGUGAGCGGUGGUAUGUGGCACCGAUUAUAGUGUAUCCGUGUAUAUCUUGCCUCUGGUAUUGAGUUGGGUUUCAUCUUGAGUGUGGGUUUCUUGGAUUGCCACUAUGUCGACGUCUUGUUCCCUGAGGAUACGGGAGAUGUAGUCACUUUUUGAUCUGCUAAUACCUUCAAUAUUGAUUUGGCAAAUGCGUAGGGUAGGCCCUAGCUUUCUUGUCCGAUGGCCCUGAGAAGGGCCGUUUUUGGGUCGAAUCUUUCGAUUCAGUUGAGUUCGGUUUGAUUGCAUGUAACCGGGCCAGGAGAGCGUUAUAAGCUAGUUUGGCCAAAUGUAUAUCAUAAUGAUAACAGUAGGUAAAUGAUAACGAAAUAAGUAUAACAGUAAGUAUAGCAUGUGAUAAAAGUAAAAAUAGGUCAAGUAAGUAGUUGAUAGUACGGAAAAAAAAUAUUUGGAAAACGGGGCGUGGUUAAAAUAGGUCAAUGAAGAGGUGGACGAUGGUGGCUCCACGCACCCACACCUGUGCAAGAUUGUGCAAGAUUGUGCAAGAUUGUGCAAGAUUUGUGCAAGAUUUAAGCAUGAAUCCGUACAAGAUCGUGGUUGGGCGUCCAUGUUAUAG